GCGAGAUUCCGCGAGGUGAUAAGUUGAAGAAACAUGGCGUCGUCAAAUUUGUUAAAGAACAAGGGGUCCCUGCAGUUUGAGGACAAGUGGGAUUCGAUGCGGCCCAUCGUUCUCAAGCUGCUCAGACAGGAAGCCGUCACCAAGCAACAGUGGUUCGACUUGUUCUCAGAUGUCCAUGCUGUGUGUCUAUGGGAUGACAAAGGACCAGCCAAAAUCCACCAAGCCCUCAAAGAGGACAUCCUAGACUUCAUCAAACAAGCACAGGCUCGGGUGCUGAGCCACCAGGACGACACGGCGCUGCUGAAGGCCUACAUUGUAGAGUGGAGGAAGUUCUUCACCCAGUGUGACAUCCUGCCCAAGCCCUUCUGUCAGCUGGAGAUCACGCUCAUGGGCAAACAAGGCAGCAACAAGAAAACAAACAUGGAGGACAGCAUCGUGCGAAAGCUCAUGUUGGACACGUGGAACGAGUCGAUCUUCUCCAACAUUAAGAGUCGCCUGCAGGACAGCGCCAUGAAGCUAGUGCACGCCGAGAGGCAGGGGGAUGCCUUCGACUCCCAGCUCGUUAUAGGAGUACGAGAGUCGUACGUCAACCUGUGCUCUAACCCAGAGGACAAGCUGCAGAUCUACAGGGACAACUUUGAGAAAGCCUACCUGGACUCCACAGAGAGGUUUUACAGAACACAGGCCCCGUCCUAUCUACAGCAGAACGGCGUCCAGAACUACAUGAAAUAUGCAGAUGCGAAGCUGAGAGAAGAGGAGAAGAGAGCGCUUAGAUAUCUAGAGACACGUCGUGAAUGUAACUCUGUUCAAGCACUCAUGGAGUGUUGUGUGAAUGCUCUGGUGACCUCGUUCAAAGAGACCAUCCUCGUUGAAUGUCCAGGCAUGAUCAAACGAAACGAGACGGACAAGCUGCAGCUGAUGUUUUCCCUGAUGGACAAGGUUCCCAGCGGGAUCGAGCCCGUGCUGAAAGACCUGGAGGAACAUAUCGUCAAUGCUGGACUAGCAGACAUGGUGGCUGCUGCCGAGACUAUCACAUCCGACUCUGAGAAGUACGUGGAGCAGCUGCUGACUUUGUUUAACCGCUUCAGUAAGCUGGUGAAGGAGGCCUUCCAGGACGACCCUCGCUUCCUCACAGCCAGAGAUAAGGCUUACAAGGCCGUUGUCAAUGACGCCACAAUCUUCAAACUGGAGCUGCCUUUGAAACAGAAAGGUGUGGGUAUGAAGACUCAGCCGGAGUCAAAGUGUCCUGAGCUGCUGGCAAACUACUGUGACAUGCUGCUGAGGAAAACUCCUCUGAGCAAGAAACUCUCCUCGGAGGAAAUCGAGCUCAAACUCAAAGAAGUGCUCUUGGUGUUGAAGUACGUCCAGAAUAAAGACGUGUUCAUGCGUUACCACAAAGCUCACCUGACCAGGCGCCUGAUUCUGGACAUUUCGGCCGACAGCGAGAUUGAAGAGAACAUGGUGGAGUGGCUGAGAGAAGUAGGGAUGCCUGCAGAUUAUGUGAACAAGCUGGCCAGGAUGUUUCAGGACAUCAAGGUCUCAGAGGACCUCAAUCAGGUCUUCAAAGAGAUGCACAAACACAACAGGAUGGCACUGCCAGCGGACAGUGUGAACAUUAAGAUCCUGAACGCCGGAGCGUGGUCGCGAAGCAGCGAGAAGGUUUUUGUCUCGCUGCCCACGGAGCUGGAGGACCUGAUCCCCGAGGUGGAAGACUUCUACAAGAGGAAUCACAGCGGACGCAAACUCCACUGGCAUCACCUCAUGUCCAACGGCAUCAUCACCUUUAAGAACGAGGUGGGGCAGUACGACCUGGAGGUGACGACGUUCCAGCUGGCGGUGUUGUUCGCCUGGAACCAGAGACCCAGAGAGAGAAUCACCUUUGAGAACCUCAAACUGGCCACGGAGCUGCCCGACGCAGAGCUACGCCGCACACUCUGGUCUCUGGUGGCCUUCCCCAAGCUGAAGAGACAGGUGUUGUCGUAUGACCCCCCAGUCAGCUCGCCCAAAGACUUCACAGACAGCACGCUCUUCUACGUCAACCAGGACUUCUCACUCAUCAAAAACUCCAAAGUCCAGAAGCGGGGAAAGAUCAAUCUGAUUGGUCGGCUGCAGCUGACCACAGAGCGAAUGAGGGAAGAGGAGAAUGAAGGAAUCGUUCAGCUCAGAAUACUCAGAACUCAGGAGGCCAUCAUCCAAAUCAUGAAGAUGAGGAAGAGGCUCAGCAACGCCCAGCUGCAGACGGAGCUGGUGGAGAUCCUGAAGAACAUGUUCCUGCCUCAGAAGAAGAUGAUCAAGGAGCAGAUCGAGUGGCUCAUCGAACACAAGUACAUAAAGAGGGAAGACGCGGACAUCAACACCUUCAUCUACAUGGCCUAGGCAGCGAGCGAGGGAAGGAGGAAGGGAGGGAGGGAGCGCGAUCUCGCUCUGCUGUUUUACUCCUGGCCUCGCAACCGGCGCUUUAAAAACCCUGCGAGAGGAGAAGGAACAAAAGGUGUGAGGGAGCAGUGAGAAGUAGGGGGUGCGUUGAAGGACGAGGAGGAGGAGGAGGAGGAGGAGGAGGAGCCUUUUCAAACAACAGUGUGGAUAUUUAUUUGUGUUUGUGAGACGCCAGUGUGUCAUCGAGGUGAGAGCCGAGUCGUCCGACUGUCUGUCUGUCUCCCCUGCCCUCUAGUGUCGGAUCACAUCCGAGGAGAGGGAGGCCGUCUGCUCUCAGCGGCUGAGAGGAAAAGAAAUAGUGACAAAAUUCAAUGAAAUACUUCCUGCCUUACUUUGUCAGCGACGGAUUGCGGAGGAGCCGGGAGGGCGAACGUAACGAGCUGAUAUCGAUCCUUCGCUUUCACUUAAUGCCACAGCUGCCGUCUUGGUGGCAGCCAUUUUGCAUACCUCCUGUUCAACAUUUGUCUUAUUUUUGAAGUGGGAAUGCAAAAAAAAAAAAAAAAAAAAAAAAGCUGCAAGUGAAAACUGCCAUUGAGGAGGAGCGGACACGGAUGGAGAGCUUAAAACUACAGAGGAGUGUUUUUGCCAAAUUGUAUGUGUGUGUGUGUGUGUGUGUGUGUGUGUGUUUGCGCGUGUGUGCGCACACUUUCAACAGCAUGCUGCUCUAUGGUUUUUGUUUGUUUGUUGGAGGAUCUGUCACACUUUCUGGUUGUGUCUGAGAACAUUGGGAACUCACAACCAGUCCCCUUUUUGAAAUGCUGAUAUUUUGGAUAUUUUUUUCUGCUUCUGUUUGUCAACAGGUAAACAUUGUCCGGACCCCCCUCUUGUCUGUGUUGGGAAAUGAUCACACUGCAAGCUAUUUAUUUGGUGUGUAAAGACCAGUGCUCUGAACAUUGCCAGCCGAAUGCAUCAAAGAGGGACACGUCUAGAAGUGUGAGGUGCUCCCACGUAAAACACAAACAAAUACUUUCAACACUGAAUUUCCUCCCCAUGAAUCCACUGAGAGUGUCAUUCUUUGCACAGUGUCGGUCCCAGGAAAACUCUGUUAAACUAAAAACAACAGAAAUGCAUUUCAUUAAGCCAUAUUGUACACGUUGGGGGGUGUUGUGGAGUCAAUGCGUGCCGUAACAGAGAGAAACUCAUCCCAACAUUCAGCUGAUGUGAUGCUGCAGAAGUCUCUUUAGUACUAAAUUCCUAAUAGUAACAAAUUAUAAACUAUGAAUUUCCAAGAUUAAAGUGAUAUGAUUUACGAGAAAAUCCAAAAUGAACUUUGAAAAAUUGUGAUCAAUCACAUCACGGUGUGUUAAAUACUGUUGAUUUGAUCCCAGAAUCCCCAUGUUAUCACAAGCAUGCAGACUCUUGGUAAACUUUAAAUUUACUGUACUUGAAUAGCGCUUUUCUCGUCUUCCAACCACUGAAAGCGCUUAAACACAACAUGUCAUCAUUCACCUAUUCACACACUGAUGACAGGGGCUACCAUGCAAGGUGCCACCUGCCCAUAAGGACUAUCUAACAUUCACACCGAUGACACAACCCUCGGGAGCAAAUUGUGAAGAGACAUUGCUGUGAACUGGGCCUCUUCAGAACAAAAACACCCAAAUGAUUUGGACGAGGUGAUGUCUUUAGUGCAUCAGGAGCUACAUUGUGAUGGACAGAUGCAAAGACAUCGCCGUGCUCCAGUACCGUUGGGCAUCCUCAAUAUUCUCUCAGAGAACAUCGGAGGUUUUUCUCGUGAAUUUACGACUUUAAUCUCGGUUAUUCUGAGGUUUUUCAUAAUAAUAUUACCCCCCCCCCCCCCCCCCGACUAAAAUGUAUCUACAAUGGCCCUAACACACCAUCUUACUUUUCUAUCUUCCAUAGGACUCAGACAACUCGCUCUGCCUCCUGAGCCACAGCCGCCCAGGGUCACGUUCAGUUAGCUGUUACCUAAACCAGUGACCUCAUUGUUUUUGUAUAGCGUGACCUUUUUUGUUCCAGCUAUAAAGGCAGAGAAUGGUGGUCAGUAGUGUGUAGUAGAGCCAGUGCUACAUUUUCUCAGAAAUGCCAAAGAUUCUCCAUCAGGUAGCAGAAGUUCUGUUUUUCAAAUGUGAAGAACAUCCCCUUCAGUACAUAAAGACAUAAUCCCCAGCUUCAGCUGAAUGUUGGGCGGUGUAUGAAGAGAAGGAUGAAUGCUCUCCACAUACAGUAGAGUGUUAAAUCUGAAUCCAAAAUGAGAUCUUUAAUAUUUAACAAACAUGGAAAACUACAUAUGGAUAAACUCAACUGUUUUUCUUUUUGUAUUUUGUAUGCAUUAGUGUUUAAAAUGAAUACGUAGCAAUAGAACUCUUGAUCCUAAACACUCACCAUGUGACAAUUGAGCUUCAUACAACCUGCAGCUUCAUUUUGGAUUUGAUUAUCAGUUGGGCAGUUCAGGCCGAGACGAAAAGACUGAAGUAGAAAUAAUUCCCAGUAGGAAAACAGAGACGCUGUUUCCCUCGUUGUGUUUCUCUCGGCUUUUAUUCUCGAGAGCCUCGCACAUUUUUAUCGGCUGCAAAUCCAUAAUUAAUUAAAUAAUUCAUAAAAAAGUGUUUAGUGUUUAUCAGAGGCAGUUGUUGGGAGUUGAGGGCUACUGAUGCAGAAACUAGUACAAUAAAUAGGAAGGGGAAAAAAGCUGCUGGGUCACAACACGGUGAAUCAGCUGCACUGGGAUCAAAGGAGCUUUGCUCUUUUGAGUGCAAAAACCACUGAGGAUACGUCCAUUCACCCGACUACUGCUGUGACCCAAUAGGUGACUUUACUUUGUGAGCGUGUUUUUUGAUUUCCUGUUGAACUGAACUUGAGAGGGAGAGGAAAGACAACAGUGAAUGUGUGGGAUUUCAUUUAAAAAAAUAUAUAUUUAUUCAGUAUUUAUGACAAAUGUUACUUUCAUCAAUCAAACAGUUUUUCUUUCCAUUGUUUUGUUUUGUAAAAUAUGUUUUCUCAGUGUGCGUCCAUAGAGCUGACACAGCAUUUAUUUACUGCGACUCUCUCCUCUAUUUCAACUUAGUAGCAAUACUUCAGACUUUAGCCUAAUUUGAUUUUCACUUUUAAUGGUUUUGAUUCACACCUGCAGUUUGUCCAAAGGCUGAAAUGGCUUCUGGCACUCUGUCACUAUCACUCUAUCACACACUGCAAACAGACUACUUCUUCUUACGAGCAACUCUUUUCUCAAUGUGCUUAUUAAGACCUUGAGAUGAAACAAACUCCCCAAGUCGAUCCCAUUAAGCAGUUUUAUUCUCUGAUGCACAGACCAGUGAGCAAACUAUCCUGUGUUUUUACACCUCAAGUACGCGGAGAACUGUGAAAUGAGUCAUUUAUUUUCUAGCAGCUUUAACGCUGUGAGCUCCACUUAUUUCAUCUUCCCCAACAGAUCCGUAGAAAUGCUAAAAUAAUUCUCUGAUCCACACAAAACCAUGACUGAUAUGCUGCAGGUGAUGUAACUUGUGUUGUUUGGCGUAUGGUGCAUUUUUCUUCUCUAACAAAGAUGGAGGAGUCAUUCGUUCCUACAGAAAUUGUCCCAGAAUACAAAGCAACAGCAAAACAAACUUUACACAAGAGUGCACAACCGCAGUAUCCCGUGUUGGUCACAUGUUGGAUUUCCACAUCCUUACGGCCAGAUAUGAUUUAAAGCAGCAGUCUGGGAAAUGUAGGUUGCUGUUAAAAUUAGACGUGGCAGGUUGAGGUAAACUACAGGAGUGCCAGGAAAUUAAUGAAA